CUCUGCUUCCUCUGCUUCCUCUCCAGCCCUGUCUGCCAUGUCUGACUUCCACAGCUUUCCCGCGCCCUCUGCUGCUGCUGCUGCUGCCAACGCGCCCUCUGCUGCCUCCUCUCCGCCAGACUUCUCUCUCCUGAGAAGAAAGCCCUUGCCCAAGACUCCUCUGCCUCCUCCAGUGCCCAAGAAUAGCUUCCAUCCCUACUUCAGAAACCAGCUCUCCAGCUCACAGUUCUCCCUAGACACCACUGUCGCCACUAACCCCACCAUAAAACCCUCGCCCUCCAACAGCACCAACAUCAGCACCAACAUCAGCACCAACAUCACCUUCAAUGCCAAAUCUCCUUUGACUAAUCCUCCUCCAAGAUUAUCUCAUUCCAAUUCUCAUCUAAGGAGGAAGAAACCCAUCUACAAUGACGAUGUUGUAACCCCAAAUCCCUCUAGAAUUAAUACCAGCAUCACAACUACAACUACUAAUAACAAUAACAAUAACAAUAACAACAUCAACAACAAUAAUAAUAAUAAUAAUAAUAAUCCAGAACCACCGAGAAGCUCUGCUCUUUUACCUUACCAUCCAGUCCCUUUGAUCUCAAAUACAAAGCAUUUCUCUAACAAUUCCUACAACAAAACCAUUAACAAACCCAAUCCCAAGGUCUCAAGCUCAAAUAUCUCUUUUAUUACACAAAACAAUAACUACAACCUCAAAAAUGACGCCUCUAUUAACAUUAAUACAACUAAAAACAAUACAAAUAAUAUCAAUAAUAUCCCUAAUGAAAACUUACUUUCUCCAAACGAUAUUUCAAAUAAUAUUCAAAACAACCUUUCAACAUCUUCUCAAUCUUCUAUUUCUUCAUACUCCGCCUACUCAACAUUCACCAACUACCAUAACAGCAUUACAAAUAAUAUCAUCCCUGACGAUACCAACAAUAACGAUUCAAAUUCAAAUUCAAAUUCAAAUUCAUUACCUAUUCCUUCUUCAAAUACUGACUCUCUCUCCACUUUAAGUCCAGAUUACAAACCAAUCAGUAAAUACAAAACUAAAAUCAAAUACGAAUUCUCUGCGUACGAUCUCUCAAACACUCUCUCAAGAUCCUCUUCCCACUCCGUAUUAGUCUAUGAAAAUUCCUGCUCAAAAUUAUUCGGAACUUCUCUUGACAAAAUCUCCUCAAUUUGUCCUCCUGUGAUCUUUCAAUCUCCUUUUCCUCUAUCUCCAAACGAUCCCAACAUCAUCACAAACCAAAUCACAACAAAUGUCCAACAAAUUGAUCAACCUCUCUCUACUGACAAUUCUCCUGAAAAAUUGGAUAUCCAACACCAAAUUGAAUUGGAAAUGAAUAGAUUAUCCGCUUCAAAUAUAGACUCUUCAACUGAUACUACCAUCACUACCACUCUUACUACUUCUAAAAACGACAAUAAUCUCAACUCAAUUCCUGUCUUUCAAGUUUACAUCCCUGCCAUCAUCAAAGACUGCGCUGAUUUCCUCAUUCAAAACGACUUUACAAACACCGUUGCUAUUUUUAGAUCAAAUGGCCACUUGAAAAAUAUUGCCUACUUGCAAGAAAUCUUUGACACUGAAGCUCCCAACAGAUACAUUUCAAUCUCAAAACUCAACGAUUUCCUUAACGACAACAUCAACUUUAACAAUUCAAAGGUAAGUUUUUGCCACGACUACAUCUCAAACUACGAUGUCGCAAACUUACUAAAAAGAUAUCUCAACCACCUUCCUGACUCAAUUAUCCCAAAGGAUAUAUCCUCCUCCUUAAUCUCACAAUUAAAAUCAAUCCCUUACUACAACGACAUUAAAUACUUUCUCCAAUUCCAAUCAAACAACUCUCUAUUGUUUAGUAUCGAAAGAUUUAACACCGUCUUAUCCCCCUUUUUAAGGUUAAAAUUCUCAAAUGUAUUGGAUUUCAUCAUUGAAUUCUUUUUGAAAAAUUUACCUCUUUAUAACCUCCAUUUAACCAUCUUUUUAAUCGACUUUUUUUCCCACUUUUCUAAUCCUGCAAAUUAUCAAUCUGUGUUCAAUGAAACCAAAAUCAAUUCAUACGCCCUAUCAAUUAUUUUUCAUCCUUGCUUUUUCCUAAAUGAAAACUUAAAUCUACUAAGACAACUACCUCCUCUAAACAGUAUUACUGCUAAUACUAGUGGCGAAAAGACACUUAUUCAAUCAUUAUCAAACAUCAAUCUUGAUCAGUUCCGUGACUCCAAUAAACAAAAUGAUUCCAUCUUGGAAAAAUUUGUCAUAAAGCUCUUAAUUGACAAUAGUUCUUAUUUUUUUCAAAACUUAUACACCAGAAACUCUCAACUAAAUUUAAACAAAAUUCAGGUCAUCAACAUUUCAUUUUCCGAAUUUGAAACAAAAAUAACAAACAAUUUAAAACCUUUCAAUAAAUCUCAAAAUAACUCUUUAUUGAAUUCAAACUCUUUAAAUAACUUAUCAACCUCAGUUUCUCAAUUUCCUAGGGAUAAUGAUAAUGAUAACGAAAAAGACGGCUUAAAAAAUUCAAAAGUAUCAAGAAACAGCAAAAGAUUCUCAAUGCUUGCAAAAUCAAUUGGUAAUGUUAUAUCAAAAUCAGCAAACGAAAUUCACAAUAAAUUAAGUGACUCCUCCGUUUCUCCUACAGAUACAAAAAAAUCCUUUGAAGUUUUCAUUAAAAACUCAGAAUCUGGUGAAUUGGUUGAACGAAAAUCACGGUCAAACACUAAGGAAAGUGCAAGUUUCAAAAACACAAGCUCAGAGCUAACUUUGGAUUUGGCUAAAAAUAAUGAAGAAAUUAACCUUAAUAGACUAAAAUGUAAAAACGAAUUGUAUACUAUUCCAAAUAUAAAUGAUAAAUCACCAUCUAAAAUUUAUGAAAUGAUGGCAACUGGUUGGGAAAAAUUUUUCAAUGUUUCGCCAGAAUACUUGGAUACAAUUGAUACUAAUACAAGGUUAAAAGAAAAGAGAAUAUUUGAGUUGAUCAAGCUUCAAACAUUAUAUCUUCUAAGUAUUGGGAGAUUUCUAAAAGUUGGUGUAUUGUUUCAUGAAUUGACCAAAGAUCCCAACUGUAAGCCAAUUUGUUAUCCAAUCAAUAAUAAAGAAUUUCACGAAAGAUGUUUUAGAGUAUUUAGUAGUUUUUAUGAUCUCCAACGUGAUAAAUUGACAUUUCCUUUAUUAGAUAUAAUUAAUAAUUUCCGUAAGAAACCGAGUAAUACGGGUCAUAGAAUAUUACUAGGAGAAGAAUAUUUGGAUAUUUUUGAAAGAUGGGUUUUGAAUUGCGAAAGUACUUGGAUAAAGCUAAUUGAAACAUUUUCAUAUACGGAAAUUUAUUUAAUGAUUGGGAACUUUUUUACGAAACAUAAGAAUAUUUAUAAGGAUAUUUUGAUAGAAUUCAAUAAAUUUAUUGAUAAAGUGACCAGAGUUGAUAGGGUGAUUUCAAUGGAUAUAUUUUAUAAGAUUCUCAAUAAGUUUUCGUAUAUUUUGACACAGAAUGUUUAUUCAUUUUAUCGGUUACAGACAUUUUAUAAUAACUAUAAUAAUUGUGAGGAAGAAGAAAAAACCAAGGAAAAAUAUUUAAGGAUUAAGAAAUUAUUAAUUAAGUUUGAGAAUACGAUUGAGAUUGCUAGAACUAAUUAUAGAAACCGGAGGAUAUUUGAGUAUAUUAAGUUUGAGGACGAGGUAUUUGAUAAAAAGGAAGAAGUAUUUGAGUUUGAAAAUAGAAAAUCCAGUUUAGAUCCGAAUUAUCAACAUAAUCAAAAUCACAGUCAAAAUUUAAUUAAUAAUAGUAAUGAGAAUGAGAAUGAGAAUGAGAAUGAAAACGAAAACGAAAACGAAAACGAAAACGAGAAUAAAAAUGAGAAUGAGAACGAGAAUUUAAAUAAUAAUUGUAAUCAAAAUUCAGAUGAUACUAAAACUUCAAAUUCAAAUUCAAAUAAUAAUGAUAAAGAUAACGAUAAUGACAGUGAGAAAACAAAUUUAAAUGAAAAGAAAGGAAAAAAUAUUUUGGGAUUUUUUGAUCAAAUCAAGUUAAGAGAAUUACAAUUUAUUGGAAUGAUUUCAGUUGAAAAGAAUUACAAAAAUAAUAGAUUGAUUGUCUUUUUAUUUAAUAAGAUUGUAUUUAUAACUCAAUUUGAUGAAGAGAAUUUCAAGUUUAAAGUGAUAGAAGAGCCUAUUUUGAUUGAAAACUUGGUACUUCAAGAGAAGAUUCAGAGCAAUCUUAAUGCGUAUAAUAAUUGUUUUAAUAAUGAGAGCUAUAAUGAUUUAGUUUGGAUUGGUACAAUUAAGGAUCUUGAUAAAAAGAGGCACGGAGAAGCAAAUAAAAAUACAGGGGAUUUAUAUUAUAUGAAAAGAGAAGAUUAUGAUACAAUUGAAAGGAUAUUAACCUCUGACGUAUGAUUGUAAUCAAUAUUUUGCAUUUGCAUUUGCAUUUUUAUUAAAUUUUUUAUUUUUAUUUUUAUUUUUAUUUACUUUAUAAUUGUGAAUUUUU